GUCAUUGCUAAAUGUUUUUAUUUUCCUAGCGCACAUCCAAAUCGAAAUUAUAUGUGUUUAUCGCGCUUAUCAUCGUUACCGGCACUCUGAGGUCUGAGGACACUCAAAAUCGCCAGUAAUUGCGCGUUCUAUGCUGUAUAAUGCUGAAGGCUGCCAGUAACCUCUUGCCCAACGGAGUAUUCAGCUGCCUGACCGCCGCAUAUUUUAAAGCUUCAGCGCUCAAACAAAACGGACUCCGAGGCAUGCAUAGCACACCGUCGUUGAUUCAACUCGAGAAGUUGAAUAUUCAGGUUUUGCCUGCCCUGUCAGACAAUUAUAUGUAUUUGAUUGUUGACAAGGCGACGAAUCAAGCGGCGAUCAUAGAUCCGGUCGCUCCUGAUGAUGUUCUCAAAGCAGUGGCUGAACAACAGGUUAACUUGACAAAGGUUUUAACAACACACCAUCAUUGGGAUCAUGCAGGGGGAAAUCUUCAACUGAUCCAGAAAUCAAAGAAUCCACUCCAGGUCUUCGGCGGCGAUGAUCGAAUCGAUGGUUUGACGAAUAAAGUGGGCCAUGGUGACAGCUUCACCAUUGGCGAAGUAAACGUGGAGUGCCUCGCGACUCCUUGCCAUACAACCGGCCACAUUUGCUAUUAUCUAACAGCCCCAGGUCAAACACCGGUGGUUUUCACCGGUGACACUUUAUUCAUCGCCGGUUGCGGACGUUUCUUCGAGGGUACCGCCGAGCAAAUGUAUUCCGCACUCGUGGAGAAGCUCGGUAAACUACCGGACAACACACAGGUAUUCUGCGGGCACGAGUACACCGUAUCGAAUCUAAAGUUCGCACAACACGUGGAGCGAGAUAAUGCCGAUAUAAAAACGAAGCUUGCAUGGGCGAUGGCGCAACGCGAGAGUAACAUGCCCACCGUCCCGGGGACGAUUUCCGAAGAGAAGCGUAUUAAUCCGUUUAUGCGUGUGCAUGCGCCCGGCGUACAGAAGCACGCGUCCUGCAGCGAACCUCUGGACACGAUGCGCGUCAUUCGCAAGGAGAAGGAUAGCUUUAAAGCUUGAGGAUAUUUUUGAUAUUGUUACAAUUGGUUAUAUGCAUUUAUAUUUCUACUGACUUCUUACGGAUACGUACACGGCAUAUUUUUUAUUGGAAAUGUUAUUGAAUCUUAAUUGAACAAAGAAAUACGUUUGGGGAAGCAAA